GAGGCUGCUGCUGCUGCUGCCGAACCCUCUGCCUCCCCUGCUGCCCUCCUUCCUUCCUCCUGGCUGCCCGGGUCGAGAGGCCUCCAUCCCCCCCCCCCGGAGAACUUCCCGCCUCCUGGCUUCAGGAGUUGGAGAAGGAGGCUCCAAACUCCAGAGGGUCUUCCAAAUGGAGGCGCCUCCGACGGCGAGCCCCCCUCUCCCUCAGAGUCAGAGGAGGCCAUUCGGUGCCAGAAGAAGGCCCUGCCGCCAAGCCUCCCCCCGAGUCCUGCUGGGGAAGAAGGGCCCGAGUCCGACACUCUCUGAGCCCCAAAAGUAGGGAGGCUCCGCCCCGAGGACUGGCCGCUUUCUUGAGGGAGAAGAAGAAGGGACCCCCCUCCGGGGCUGGAGAGGAAGGGUCGGAACCAGGGCGUCUUUUGCCAAGAGAUUCCCUUUCGACGACGCUUUUUAUCCUUUGAAAAGACUCCUUUUCUGCUUCGUGGAAGAGAGCCUUCAGGGUUUGGAGAGGGAGAAGAGGAAGGAAAGUGGGCCUUCCAAGAGACUUCGUUUCCCCCUUCAAAGGCCUCCAUUUUGAGAAGGACUAAGAAGCACGUGUGUUUUAGGGAGGGAGAGGCAUUGCAAGAGGCCCACGAGUCGACGCCUUUGAAUCCCUUGAAAGGACUUUCUUUGCCGCUUUGGGUGGGAAGAAAGAGGCCCUUCAGGAUUUGGAGAGGGAAAAAGCAAACAGGAGGGUCGAAAAAGUGGGUUUCUUGGGGGGGGGGACCGGGCCUUCCAAGAGGCCCACUAGACUAUAGUAAUAACAACAAGAAUACAUUUGGUUUUUUUACCCCGCCUCUCCCUCAGGACCGAGGCGCUUACAAUAAUAACCCAUCCAGCCCACAGCAAUAGCCGCCCAUCUUCCCUCGCUCCCCUCUUCUUUUCCCGAAGGGGUCCACUGGGCCUCCGAUGGGUUUGGAGGGGCGACUGGGGGAAGCAGGAGGAGGGGGGCACCUGAGGGAGAAAAUGGGCAAAGCCUCCCCGAAAGUGGGGGGCGACUGAGAGCCCAAGGAGGAUGGCACGCUGAGGGAAGAAGAAGAAGAAGCCUGGCCAAGUUUGGGGAGCUUCUGGGUUGAAAAGGGGAAAGCGGGCCCUGGAAGCCAAGCUGCCCCGCCUUGAUGGCUGCUGGGGACCGAGGCAGGAUGAGGAGCCCCAACGGAGAAGGCCUUGGCAACUACUGCCAGCUGGGCUACACUCUGCCCACCAUCUCCUCCAACAAGCUGCCGGACCUGCGCUUCCUCAGCCGGGGCGCCUUCGGGACCGUCUCCUCGGCUCGCCACGCCGACUGGAGGGUGACCGUGGCCGUCAAGGGCCUCCAGGGAGCCCUCCUGGACAGUGAGAGAACCAGUCUCUUAAAGGAAGCUGAAAUGUUACACCAAGCAAGAUUCAGUUACAUUCUACCAAUUUUGGGAAUUUGCAACGAACCUGAAUUUCUGGGCAUCGUGACUGAAUAUAUGCCAAAUGGGUCACUGAACCAACUUUUGCAUGGAAAAACUAUGUAUCCUGACAUUGCUUGGCCACUGAGGUUUCGCAUGCUUUAUGAAAUUGCUUUGGGAGUGAAUUACCUUCACAAUAUGACACCUCCACUCUUGCACCAUGAUUUGAAGACCCAGAAUAUUUUACUUGACAGUGACUUUCAUGUUAAGAUUGCAGAUUUUGGGUUGUCAAAAUGGCGCAUGGUGUCCAUGUCACUGUCACGAACUGAGAAGUCAAUGUCUGAGGGAGGGACUAUCGUCUACAUGCCACCUGAAGAUUAUGAUGCCAGUAAAAAAACACGUGCAAGUAUAAAGCAUGAUAUAUACAGUUAUGCCAUUAUCAUGUGGGAAGUGAUGUCAAGAAAACAGCCAUUUGAAGAUAUUAUAAACCCCUUGCAGAUUAUGUAUAGUGUGUCACAAGGAAGGCGUCCAGACACUAGUGAAGAAUAUCUACCAUUUGACAUUCCUCAUCGAGAGUUGAUGCUGUCUUUAAUGGAAUCUGGCUGGUCACAAAAUCCAGAUGAAAGGCCUUCUUUUUCAAAAUGCUUAAUAGAGCUUGAACCUGUGCUGAGAACCUUUGAGGAAAUACCUAUGCUUCAAGCUGUGAUACAGUUAAAGAAAGCCAAAUCUGAAUACGAGUGGCGAUGUCUCCACUUACCCAGCAGCACAUCUAGUGAUAAAUCCAUAUCUCUAAAUAUACCAUUGAACCCUAGUUUACAAGAGGAAGCCUGUGACUUGCUAUCCCAGAGCAACAGAUUAAAUCAACAAAGAGUUCUCUCGGAUAUGUCCAAGCAGUACAAUGUCCUCUCUGAAGGCAGUGAUGAUGCCUCAGGAGAACCACGCACACUACUGAGUCUGUUCCCACUGCGUCAGAAUGCUCCUCCUAAUGUAUCCCUACAGAGCUCUUCCUCAUCUAAUACAAACAGUUCUAAUUCAUCAAAUUCCAUGCCACGCUCACUGCAAUCACCAGGAAACAAUUCAGAUUUUACACAGAGCACUGUGCAAAAGCAUAUUUUUGCUGUAGCUCACCAGUGGAUCCAAAGUAAACGAGAGGAAAUAGUCAACCAGAUGACUGAGGCUUGCCUUAACCAGUCGUUGGAUGCCCUCCUUGCAAGGGAUUUAAUCAUGAGAGAAGAUUAUGAACUUAUCAGCACCAAACCUACAAGGACCUCAAAAGUCAGGCAGCUGCUUGAUACUACUGAUAGCCAAGGAGAAGAGGUUGCCAGAGUCAUAGUGCAAAAACUGAAAGACAAUAAGCAGCUGGGACUCCAACCUUAUCCAAAUAUAUCUGUUCCAUGUAGGCCUGCAUCUUUGAAUUGAUUAAAUCAGUAUGAAGAACUUGCAUUCAACCCCUUACAAACUGGAUUCCUGUUUCUGAAAUGUCACCCUCAGUGCGUGUACACAGGCCAAAUAAAAUGGUCUCAUAGUGAGAUGCCCAAAUGACAUGCAAUAUGAUUGGGGCUGAAUCAAGCCUUUUCAUUGCCUCACAGCUUUAAUCUAAAGGAACAAAGUGAGGAUCUAUCCUGAUUUUGAGCAGAAAAUCCAGAUGUUCCUGCGUGUGUGUGUACUGCAAUUCAUAGUGACACUGUUUUGGGGCCGGGGGGAAGGAGUUCACUAAUACGUACGUUUACAUGCAUAGAGGGAAAGGGAAAAAUCCAAAGCAGCCACACAUACUGCAAUUUAUCGAACCAAGGUGAGUUCAAAAGGAAUAAUUGUGUGUGGACAGUUCUCCUAAACUUGCUUCAGUGUGUGCAGACAAGUCCGUGGUCACUGUGGAUCGGGGUAACCUGAAGGUAAGCUGGAUUUUCCUUCAGUGUAGACAUGCCCUGUGUUGCUGCUGCAACAUUUUAGACUAGAGUUUAAGGGGGAAAUAUGCCAUGGCAAAUGAAAGUAUUACCUGACAGUCUAAUUUUUUAAUACACACACAAAAAGAGACUAUUUUUACACCACACACUUGAACUUUCAUCACUGGGCACAGAUGUUUUUUGUGAAUUUGUAAACUUAACGUAAAUAUUAAAUGAUGGAAAAAUA